AUGGACCUCUACGCCGACAGGCUCCGCGAGCUACAGCCGCUCUGGAGUAGCGUCGAGAACUGGGCGGUUCGGCUAUUUUUCUUCAUGGGCGCGAUAACGCUGCUGCCGUGGGUGCUGCUGAUCGUCUUUGAUGCGGGGGUGUAUGUGUGGCGGUGCUUGGUGCUUGCGCUGGGCCUGGAGGCGGGGGGAAGGAUGUGGUGGUAUGGUGCGGGCGCGGGUGCAGGCGGGAGGCGGGGUCCGGGGGUUGAGGUGGAGGACCUUAGGCUGUCGACAACCUACUAG